CGGCCGCGGCGCCGCCACCGUGAGCGUUCCCGGUCGAGGAUCGGCGAUGCCGAGUCAGAGAAAGGUCGGAAUGAGGGUGCCGGGCAGCGGGGGGGGAGCUUCUUUCCUAGGCUGGGCCGUCACCGGAGCGAGGAAACGUGGAUGGGGUGGCUCCGGGGUGACAUCGAUCCCUCUGGAAUAUCGAGCUGGAUCGUCCCCAGCUCUCCCGGUGUCCCUCCCCUUCCUUGUGUCCCUUGGAUCCAAAGGGAACACUCCAGGACUCACCAACCCUUGAGUUUUGCCCACCAAGACCUCACAACCACCCCAGGGCCGUUCCCCUUCUCCAGGGGACUCCGAGCUGAGUUUUUCCGGGAUGUUCUUCCCUCAAUCCCACUUUUUCUGGACAAACAUUGUUCCAAAUCAUUCCAGUGUCCCUCCCCUUCCCUGUGUCCCUUGGAUCCAUAGGGAACACUCCAGGACUCACCAACCCUUGAUCUUCACCCACCAGGACCUCACCACCACCCCAAGGCCACUCCCCUUCUCCAGGGGACUCCGAGAUGAGUUUUUCCACGUUGUUCUUCCCUCAAUCCCACUUUUUCUGGAUGAACAUUGUUCCAAAUCAUCCCAGUGUCCCUCCCCUUCCCUGUGUCCCUUGGAUCCAAAGGGAACACUCCAAGACUCACCAACCCUUGACCUUCACCCACCAGGACCUCACCACCACCCCAGGGCUGUUCUCCUUCUCCAGGGGAUGUCAAACACGUUUUUUCCUGGAUGUUCUCCCUUAAUCCCAUUUUUUUGGAUGAGUGCCAUUCCAGAUUAUCCCCAUCUCUCCCGGUGUCCCUUCCCUUCCUCUUGGAUCCGUAGGGAACACUCCAAGACUCACCAGCCCUUGAGUUUUGCCCACCAGGACCUCACCACCACCCCAGGGCCGCUCCCCUUCUCCAGGGGACUCCGAGAUGAGUUUUUCCAGGAUGUUCCUUCCCCAGUCCCAUUUUUUCCGAACGAGCGCUGUUCCAAAUCAUCCUGGUAUCCCUCCCCUUCCCUGUGGAUCCGUAGGGAACACUCCAAGACUCACCAGCCCUUGAGCUUCACCCACCAGGACCUCACCACCACCCCAGGGCUGUUCCCAUUCUCCAGGGGAUGCCGAACACGUGUUUUCCAGGGUGUUCUCCCUCAAUCCCAUUUUUUUUGGAUGAUUCCCAUUCCGAACCAUCCCAGUCUCUCCCACUGUCCCUUCCCUUCCUCUUGGAUCUGCAGGGAACACUCCAAGACUCACCAACCCUUGACCUUCACCCACCAAGACCUCACCACCACCCCAGGGCCGUUCCCCUUCUCCAGGGGACUCUGAGCUGAGUUUUUCCGGGAUGUUCUUCCCUCAAUUCCAUUUUUUCCGGACAAGCACCAUUCCAAAUCAUCCCGGUGUCCCUCCCCUUCCCCAUGGAUCCAUAGGGAACAUUCUAGGACUCACCAACCCUUGAGUUUCGCCCACCAGGACCUCACCACCACCCCAGGGCCGCUCCCCUUCUCCAGGGGACUCCAAACCAGGUUUUUCCGGGUUGUUCUUCCCUCGAUCCCAUUUUUUCCAGACGAACAUUGUUCCAAAUCAUGCCAGUGUCCCUCCCCUUCCCUGUGUCCCACUCCAAGACUCACCAACCCUUGAGUUUCACCCACCAGGACCUCACCACCACCCCAGGGCUGUUCUCCUUCUCCAGGGGAUGCCGAACACGUUUUUUCCGGGAUGUUCUCCCUCAAUCCCAUUUUUUUGGAUGAGCGCCAUUCCAGAUUAUCCCCAUCUCUCCCGGUGUCCCUUCCCUUCCUCUUGGAUCCAAAGGGAACACUCCAAGACUCACCAACCCUUGAGUUUCACCCACCAGGACCUCACCACCACCCCAGGGUCGCUCCCCUUCUCCAGGGGACUCCGAGCUGAGUUUUUCCGGGAUGUUCUUGCCUCGCUCCCAUUUUUUCUGGACAAACAUUGUUCCAAAUCAUCCCAGUGUCCCUCCCCUUCCCUGUGGAUCCAUAGGGAACACUCCAAGACUCACCAACCCUUGAGUUUUGCCCACCAGGACCUCACCACCACCCCGUGGCCGCUCCCCUUCUCCAGGGGACUCCAAACCGGGUUUUUCCAGGUUGUUCUUCCCUCAGUCCCAUUUUUUCCGGACAAACAUUUUUCCAAAUCAUGCCAGUGUCCCUCCCCUUCCCUGUGUCCCACUCCAAGACUCACCAACCCUUAAUUUUCACCCACCAGGACCUCACCACCACCCCAGGGCUGUUCUCCUUCUCCAGGGGAUGCCGAACACGUUUUUUCCGGGAUGUUCUCCCUCAAUCCCAUUUUUUUUGGAUGAGCGCCAUUCCAGAUUAUCCCCAUCUCUCCCGGUGUCCCUUCCCUUCCUCUUGGAUCCAAAGGGAACACUCCAAGACUCACCAACCCUUGAGUUUCGCCCACCAGGACCUCACCACCACCCCAUGGUCGCUCCCCUUCUCCAGGGGACUCCGAGAUGAGUUUUUCCGGGAUGUUCUUGCCUCGAUCCCAUUUUUU